AUGCUUGCUAGAUUCUCUAGGACUCCUGGUAGACUAUCACUGUCAGGUCAAACUUUGAGAGUGAGUUCCUUUCACACUGCUAGGAUUUUGAAUGCCGAGGAAACACCAAGCUCCAAUGCUUCAAAGUUGACGAAAGACCAAGCCAAGAAGAGGGAAAUACGUAGGCUAGCCCAACGCAAAAGUGCUGCCAGAAGACCAGCAAGUGACCAUCGUCUCUAUAUGCCUGUCACCAAGGCAUUGCGAUUUCUAAGAGCUGCAGAAGUCGGUCAACCUCGUUCCCAACAAACUUUAAGCAUUACUACAAUACUAGUAUCGGAAAGAGGUACACCACCUCUUAGUGGAAAUGUAUCGUUCCCUAAGCCAUUGAAGGAUAUUAAAAUUGCGGUGUUCACUACGGACGAGAAGCAAGCUCAAAUUGCAAGGGAAGAAUACCACUGUCAUUUAGUAGGUGGUCCUGAACUAGUGGAGAAAAUAAAACAAGGCGAGAUAGCACUUGAUUUUGAUAAGAGUUUGGCAACACCGGAAAUGGCCAAUAGUUUGUCUUCGCAACUUGGACGAAUUUUGGGUCCCCGUGGACUUCUUCCAAGUGCAAAGAAGGGCACUGUUUCGGAAAACCUGGGUGAAUUGAUAAGAGAUAGUAUGGGUACCCUUCCCUACAGACAACGUGGAAACUGCGUAAGCAUAGCGGUGGGUAAGUGCUCAUUUUCUGAUCAACAGAUCCUUGAGAACAUAAUCGCUGCGCAAAGAUCUAUGAAAGAAGCUUUGGCCAGCCAAAAAACUAAAAAACCAAGCUUGCUCAGUCAAACCACUCUGACCUCAACCCAUGGUCCUGGAAUCGUCAUUGACUUUGCUUGA